AUGGUUGUCCCAAGGUCACAAGAUGAGCAACCGUCCCCCAGUGACUUUGUGGGCAGAGGCACCAGCCAACAGUACGGGUCCAACCUGUCCCCAUCUCAAAACUAUGGAAGUCCACAAACUUUUAGCUCUAAUGGGAAUAUUUCACCAGCCAACACCAGUCUCCAUUAUGAGCCACAGGAGACAGACUUUCUGCUCCCAAAUCAACUGUAUGGUAGGUCCAGGAUCAGUGGAUCCAUGAGAGCAAAGGAUGCAGGUGGCUCCGCUGCACCGGCUGAGUCCGUCUGUUCUAUGGUGCUUCAGAUCCUGGUGCCGUUUGUGCUCUCCGGCCUCGGGACCGUCUCUGCUGGGAUGCUGCUUGAGGUGGUUCAGAACUGGGACGUGUUCCAGGAAAUCACAGAGAUCUUCAUCCUUGUCCCUGCAGUGUUAGGCAUGAAGGGGAACCUAGAAAUGACUCUGGCCUCAAGACUCUCUACUGCUGUGAAUGCAGGAAAAAUGGAACCUGCCAGAGAAAAGUGGUUGUUGAUCGUUGGGAACCUGGCGCUAAAGCAGCUUCAAGCCACCGUGCUCGGCCUGUUAGCCUCUUUGAUGGCCACUUUGCUGGGCUGGAUGGCAGAAGGAAAGAUGCCCUUACACCAUGUGAUGCUCCUGUGUUCAACCAGUGUUUCAACUGCCUUCAUGGCUUCAUUGCUGCAAGGCGUUAUUAUGGUGGGAGUGAUCAUUGGCGCCAAGCGAAUGGGAAUCAACCCUGACAACGUGGCCACACCAAUGGCUGCCAGCUUUGGGGAUCUCAUCACUCUUGCCUUGCUGGCCUGCUUCAGUCAGUGGUUCUACUCCCUUAUAGACCUGUAUCCCUACGUGUUGUACCUGGUGGAUCUGUUAUUUUUAUGCCUAAUUCCUCUUUGGGUGGUCAUCUCCUCCAAACAUCCAGCCAGUCACAUCCUGCUCCGCACAGGCUGGGAACCAAUCAUUACAGCAAUGGUCAUCAGCAGUAUUGGAGGACUUAUUCUGGACAAGACUGUGUCAAAUCCGAACCUGGCAGGAAUUAUAGUUUAUGCUCCAGUCAUAAAUGGUAUUGGAGGGAACCUCGUCUCCAUACAGUCUAGUCGUAUUUCUACUAAUUUGCAUUUGAAUUACUCACCUGGAGAGGUCCCCGAAGACCGUAAAGGCUGCUACAGCCCUUGCCGCACUUUCUUUGGUUCAGGAGCAAACCAUCGAUCUGCUCAGGUUCUGCUUCUUUUGGUGAUCCCUGGUCAGCUCAUCUUCUUACACGCUAUUCACCUGAUGAAAGGAGGCCAGACUUUGCCCAGUCCUCUCCUGACUGUCGCCUUUUUGUCUGCUUGUCUGAUUCAGGUCUUUUCCCUGCUGUGUGUAGCCGACUGUAUGGUCCACUGUCUAUGGCGAAGGGGUAAAGACCCCGACAGUUACUCCAUACCGUACCUCACAGCCCUCGGAGACCUCCUAGGGACGGCUCUCCUCUCUUUUGCCUUUGUCAUGCUGUGGUGCAUCGGUGACUCAGGCAGUGUGUAG